UUUCUUUCUUUCUUAUACUUUAUUAUUAAUUUUUUUGCUGUAUAUACAUAAAUCAUGGGUAUUAAGAAAGCUGGUGUUUUAGGUGCCACAGGUUCUGUUGGUCAACGUUUCAUCUUGUUAUUGGCUGAACAUCCAGACUUUGAGAUUCAUGCUCUUGGUGCAUCUUCUCGUUCUGCUGGUAAGGCUUAUGAACAAGCUGUCACUUGGAAACAAACAGACUUACUUCCUGAAGUCGCCAAGAAGAUCACUGUCUCUGAAUGUAAGCCAGAAGGUGCCUUUGCUGAGUGUGAUAUUGUCUUUUCUGGUCUUGAUGCUGAUUACGCUGGUGAAAUUGAAAAGGACUUUGUUAACGCUGGUCUUGCUGUUGUUUCCAAUGCUAAGAACUACAGAAGAUCUCCAGAUGUUCCAUUAGUUGUUCCUAUUGUUAACCCAGAACAUUUGUCUGUCAUCGAAAAGAAAAUCUCUGAUGCUAAGACUGCUGGUGAAAAGAAACCUGGUUUCAUCAUUUGUAUCUCCAAUUGUUCCACUGCCGGGCUUGUUGCCCCAUUGAAGCCUCUUGUUGAUGCUUACGGUCCAAUUGACUUGUUGACCACAACCACUCUCCAAGCUAUCUCUGGUGCUGGAUUCUCGCCAGGUGUAUCUGGUAUUGAUGUAUUGGACAAUAUUGUUCCAUACAUUAGUGGUGAAGAAGAAAAGAUGGAAUGGGAAACUAAGAAAAUCUUGGGUAACUUCAACAAGGAAGGUAGCGAAUUUGUUCCACUCUCCGAUGAUGAAAUGAAGGUUUCUGCUCAAUGUAACCGUGUUGCUGUUAGUGAUGGUCACACCGAAUGUAUCUCUUUAAGAUUCGCCAACAGACCAGCUCCAUCCGUUGAACAAGUCAAGCAAACCUUGCGUGAUUACGUCUGUGAAGCCACCAAGUUGGGAUGUCACUCAUCUCCAAAGCAAACCAUUCAUGUCUUGGAAGAAGCCGACAGACCACAACCAAGAUUGGACAGAAACAGAGAUGCCGGGUACGGUGUUUCCGUUGGAAGAAUCAGAGAAGACCCUGUGUUGGACUUCAAGAUGGUUGUGUUGUCACACAACACCAUCAUAGGUGCUGCAGGUUCAGGUAUCUUAAUUGCUGAAAUUUUGAAGGCAAAGAACAUCAUCUAAUAGAGUAUUAUAAGUGAAAAAAAUAUAAAAACUAGUCGUUUG